AUGCUGCAAUACUUUCAUUCCUUCAUUCUAUCACUCAAUUUUCUUCUUUGCCUUCAAACCUUUCUGCUCAUAUGGGUGUUCUUACAGUAAUUGCCAAACGUCUAGAUGCAAUCAUCGGGCCUGGAGUGAUGCUUCUUUAUCCAUUAUAUGCCUCGAUCCGAGCAAUAGAAAGUCCAUCAAUGGUAGAUGACCAACAAUGGUUAACCUAUUGGAUUAUAUAUUCCUUCAUUACCCUAUUUGAGCUUUCAUUUUGGAGAAUCCUGGCUUGGGUCCCAUUGUGGCCGUACAUGAAGCUGGUAUUGUGUAUGUGGUUGGUGUUGCCUAUAUUCAAUGGAGCAGCUUAUAUAUAUGAAAAGCAUAUAAGAAAAUACAUAAAAUUUGGAGGAUUUGUGGGCUCAAAUUAUUCAGAGGAUCAAAAGAAGAUCCUCCAGAUGAUCAGCUUAGAUGCUAGGAAAUAUGUGGCUGAAUACGUUGACAAGCAUGGAUGGCCUGCCUUUGAGCGAAUUAUCAAAGCGGCUGAAAAAGAAGCAAAGAAACCAUGAAGUAGUGUUCGCAGCUACCAUUUUAUGAGGGAUUGUCAAGGAAUACUACAAGUUUAAUUGUGUAUGUUUAUAUAUUUUCCAAUUCAAGAAGAUAUGUAUCUUAAAUUUCUAAAUAUCAAUCAAAUCUUUUUAUUUUAUUUUUAA